AUGAAAUGGACCUAUGCCAUCUUCUGGAAGUUAUCGCAUGACUAUUCUGGUGAGUCAAUUUUGGCCUGGGAUUUCGGAUACUACCAAGGCACCAAAGACAAUCUUAAGGCCAAGACAACAUCUGAGGUGGAACAGGAGCAUGUUAAGAAGGUGUUGGUCAACCUUAGUUUGUUGAACUCGGGGUCUGUUGACGAACAAGAGCUCACUGAUACCAAGUGGUUCUUCUUGGCAUCAAAAAUGUUGUCCUUUGUGAAUGGCAGCGACCUCCCUGGCAAGGAUUACCACUUCAAAUCCAGUUUGGGUGGCUGGUGCGAGCUCACUAGCAAGCUCGCCAUAUGA